AGAACUCAGGGGCAUUGCAUUCUAACACCCUGGAAGCCCAGGGGAGGGAUGAGUAGGAAAGUCGGAUAAUGAUGGUCCCUUCUUUUAUUCUGUGGGAUGUGGGAUCCUCGGUAUAUACAUAUGGAUCUCUCUUCAUUAUUGCAUUGAUUAUUUGGCAUGUGAGAAGGAGCCACCGAGGAUUAAGGUUGGGACCUAUCAAGAGCUGUACCAAGUGUUUCCGAAGAAUCAAGCAAAAGCCUAGUGAUAGAACGCUAAGAGUUAAGAAGAGGACAACCAAGGAAGAAACUGAGAAACUGCAGAAGCUGCUCUCUAACAUGAAAAGACAGGGCUGGCUCCCUCAAGAAGGAAGUGUGCGACGACUCCUGUGCUCAGAUCCAUCCUGCCCCAUCUGCAAUGCCAUGGCUCUGGAAAUUCAGCAGUUGCUGGGGGUUGAGAACAAAAAGACCUCUUCCAGUCUACUGAGGCACUCCCGCAGCUUUUCUUGUCUGGAGGCAUUGUCUCCACCCAAAGUGUUGAAUGACCAGAGUUCAGAGCUCUCCAAAGUGUUGAAUGGCCAGAGUUCAGAGCUCUCCAAAGUGUUGAAUGGCCAGAGUUCAGAGCUCUCCAAAGUGUUGAAUGACCAGAGUUCAGAGCUCUCCAAAGUGUUGAAUGACCAGAGUUCAGAGCUCAGUUCCCAACACUCCAAAGACAUUUCAUUGCCACCCAAGUUCAUGCAGUCACAAUCAACAGAUCAGAAAUUGACUCUGUCAGCUCCUCUGUCCACUGGCAACACUGUCCUCCAGUGUUACCACCCUGCUCCUCAGCAACAGCCGGAACCUCAAGGGUCAAAUGCGUUCCAGGAUGUAAGCGGUCUGUCAUCUUCAAGUAUGGACGAGCAUGGGGUGCCUGCAAACCAACAAAAGAAGAGGAAGAAAACCAAGAAACUUGUCUCGAAGAACCAAGCAGCGCCCUCAGAAGCUGAAAUGGAAAACAAGAUGACGUUCUUUUCUCACUGGGUUAACCCUGAAGUGAAAUGCGACAGACCGGAGGAAUCCUUUGCCUUCUAUAAGUCUGAGACAGGGGCCAAACCCAAGACUGGAGAGCCCAAGAAGAGUUCUGCCAAAGUCCGAGCAGAGGAACCCAACCUGGAGAAACAUGCAAAAGAUCUCAAAGCCAAGCCUCUCCAUGCUAAGAGGAACAUUUGACUUUCCUGGACACCUACAGUGUCUUCAGAGUUCCAGCAACAUCCCUUCUGCACAACCAAUCCUGGGCCCCAUGGCUACUCCCACAACUGCUUCAAAACUGUCUACGAUUAGUGUCAACCAGCUAGGAAACCAAUGUCAGCUCUCCUCUCAGAAGGUCCUGGUUUACACAGAGGAUAAGCACGUCAAGCAAGCAGGCUCCCAAAGCUCUGCAUCGCCCCCAACAAAGGCUGUCACCCGUCAUUUCUACUUCUAAGCAAGUAUGCCAUGAGAUUCUCCAAAUAUACUCUAUACCUAUAAAGCAAAGAACCUCCUGCAUUUUCUUUUUGUUUUCAGUGCCACAUGUAGGAAAAGUUCUCUGUGUGGUAUGGGUGCUUAAAUCUGCUUUCAUUUUGAUGGGUCAGCAUAUAUAUCAUAUAAACAUAUCCUAUGGGUAAAGGGACUUGAGUGGAGAAUGGAGGCCUCUUGUUUAAGGUCCACCGAAGAUAGAAAUAAAUCUUGACUUCCCAUGAA